AUGGAAACCUGGGUGCCUUCCCCGUAUCCCCGGCUCCGGCAGGACCCUUCGGGGGGCCGUAUGGGAAGGCAUUUGCCCCCUGUGGCCCCCUUGACCCCACCCCCUGUCCCCAAUGUCCCCCCCCCCCCAGCUCUCAGUAUGAAGGAAACUUUCCUGGUGCUCUCUCUGCACAACAAGCUGAGGAGCAAAGUGCAGCCUCCUGCUGCCAACAUGCAGAAGCUGGAGUGGAGCGAGGCGCUGGGGCGGCUGGCGGGGGCUCGGGCAGCCGGCUGCCUGCAGGGUCCCGCUCCGCCGGGCUCCCCGGAGCUGGGCUGGAGCGAGGCCCUUGUCCCGGUGGGCUCCGGGGGGUUCGGGGCCCUGCUGGAGCGCUGGUUCGCCGAGGGACGGAGCUACGACCACAGCACGGGGCGCUGCGCCGGCAAUGCCACCUGCCGCCACUACACCCAGCUGGUGUGGGCCACAGCGGGGCGGCUGGGCUGCGGCCGGCACCUCUGCCCCCGCGGGCACAGCGAGGCCUUCGCCUGCGCCUACUCCCCAGGGGGCAACUGGGAGGUGGGGGGGACGCCCGUCCUGCCCUACCAGCGCGGGCCCUGGUGCUCCCUCUGCACCGCCGGCCUCUCCGGAUGCUUCAAGUCCUGGGACCACGGCGGUGGCCUCUGCGAGGUGCCGCGGAACCCCUGCCGCAUGAGCUGCCGGAACGGCGGGCACCUGCUCCUCAGCUCCUGCCUCUGCGCCUGCGCCCCCGGCUACACCGGCCGCUACUGCCAAGUGUGGUGCAGCGGGCAGUGUCUCCACGGGAAGCUGCGGAAGGAGGAGUGUUCCUGCCUCUGCCACCCGGGCUACGGCGGCGCCGACUGUGGCAUGAAGAUCCGCUUCCCCUUCCACGCCUGCGACGUGCGGAUCGACGGCGACUGCUUCAUGGUGUCCCCUGAGGCUGCCACCUACUAUGGAGCCAAAAUGAAGUGCCAGGAGAAAGGGGCCACGCUGGCCCAGGUCAGAAGUCAGAAGGUCCAGGACAUCUUGGCUUUCUACCUCAGCCGCUUGGAGAGCGGCAACAGGGUGACAGACACGGAUUUUGAAACCGGGAACUUCUGGAUCGGGCUCACCUACAAGACAUCCAAGGCCUCCUUCCGCUGGGACGUGGGAGAACCCUCCUCCUUCACCAGCUUCGCCUUCGGGCAGCCGGACAACCAGGGGUUUGGGAACUGUGUGGAGAUGCAGGCACUGGCUGCCUUCAACUGGAACGACCAGCGCUGCAAGACCCGGAACCGCUACAUCUGCCAGUUCACCCAGGAGCACAUUGCUCUGUGGCAGCAGGACCCCUGAGCCAGCAGCCCC